CACAAUGGACCUUCUUCUGGCUUUGAUUUCAUUGGUAAUGACAUCAAGCGGACUUGAAGCGUUUGAAACACAUCGCCGUAUAUGCCAUUCAAACGAGGUAGAUGUUGGAAUUCGCAAGGCAUCAUGGGAACCUGUUGCGAUCCAUACGUGUGUACUUGGCCCUCGAACACAUGAAUGUUUUGCAAUUGUGGGCACUGAUGGUUUUAACUGCACAGGCGAUUUUCAUCUUCAGGGUGGAUUGCCUCAUCAACGCAGCAUGUGCUGUAACAGAUUGAAUCACCAAUUGGUUGGGUGUACACUGCCUUUAAGAUCUUUCUCUUUUCAACGGGGCUUUGACAUUCAACUUGGAACCAAAGUCAUAAGAAGCAUCAAACCGAGCCCAACACAGAGUGAUAUAACGGCAUUUCGGGUAGAGAUUUGUAAUCUUUUCCCUCCAGCAUAUGACCCGUUUUUGAAGAAGUGA